AUGAACAGAGGUUUUGUGGAGGUUACUCUGAGAUCAGAUGAGAUUGAUAAGAUUGAGUAUUGGGAACUCGGUGAGUUUCAAAGAUGGCUGAGAUUGAAGAGAUGGAUGAGUUCAGGUCAAUUGUCGAUUGUAUAUAACUACAGGCUUCGAGCAUGUGAAAUUCGUGUCGUCAUGAUUAUAAAUAUGAAUGAGUGGUUGAAGUGGAUUUAUUGA